AUGCAACUCAUUCGAGACGGCAGGGCCACACAACAGCAACAACUGAAUGGAUUCUAUGCGAGCUCUUGCUGCAGAUCGAAAAGCUUCGGCAGAGCUGUGUUCGAGAUCGACACAACUCGGCGAAGACGCGAGCCACCGCGUCUGGCGACAACGUCAGCCCGUCGAUUAAGUCAAAUAUAUAAUGGUAUUGAAAGGGUUUACUCACAACAAUGGAGAAUACAUACCGGAUUGGUGCUUCUGAUGUUUUGUAACAUCAGACGUCCCCAUCCCCCCGAAAAACAAAUCCCCAUGAAAGUCGAGGGAAAAAACUCGCUCACUCAACUUAAAGGCACCACACCAUGA